AUGCAGAAGAGAAGAGCGCACAAGAAAUCCCGCCGCGGCUGUAUCAACUGCAAGAAAUGGCACACCAAAUGCGACGAGCAAGGCCCGCCAUGCAACAACUGCGCGCUGCGGAACGCGAAAUGCGAAUACCCCUGGGCUGCGGCGGCGGCCGUUAACCAAGCGAUGCCCCAGCAGCAGCUGUUGCAUCGUGAGGGGACCUCGUCAGGCAGCUCCCCCGACGACCGGUCUCUCCUGUGUAAUGGCGAGCAGGCCGCCGGGUUAUCGUCUCAGCAGCUCUGGCCGUCGAGCAGACUGCUUGAACUGGAAUUGUUACACCUGUGGUCAACUAACAAGAGCCUGUGCAGCAUCCCCGAGGAUUUCCACUACAUGCAGGUCAUCCUGCCUCGCGAGGCGCUCAUGUACGACUGGUUGCUGAACGGCAUUCUCGUCAUGGCGGCGCUGCAUAUGGCAACCUUAGUGGGCAAAGAGGAGGGGAAACGGUAUUUCCAUGUGGCUAUGGAACUCUAUGACAAGGCCAGCUGCUCGUUCAGGCCACAGCUCGCCAACAUCAACCAUACCAACCAUCACAUAUUAUACAUAUUUUCAAGCAUGACAGCUUUCAUCAACGUCGCCUUCUUACAGUACGCAUUUGACGAAGGUGACGAGCAGAAUCUGCUAUCGGGUCUAGCUGUUACCUUGGACCUUCUCAACGGCAGCGUGUCUAUCGCCAAGACAGACUUCGAGCGGCUGCUCGAUAGCCCGAUCCCGAUCCGUGCAUACCUCAGUCAGGGCAACGCUUCGAUGGACAUAUUGGGUUCCGAUACGCGGGCUGCCCUCGCUAGACUUGCGGCGUUCAACGACAGAUACCAUGCCCCAAUGCAUGAGACGUCUGUAGACACUGACGCAGGCUCCACAACGACGACGAAACCCUACUCGGGUCUCAUCAUAUUCCUUGGGCGCUGCUUCGCCGAGGAUGCCCGGGGCGUGCUCAGGGGCUACUGCUGCGUUCUCCCAGGUGCCGCCGGGCAUGAAUUUGCCAUAGCCUUCAAGAACUUCGACCCGAUGGCGCUACUAAUCAUCAUGCACUGGGCCGUGCUGCUCGACCGGCUCGACGAAGAGUACUGGUGGGCGCGUAAACUGGGUAAGCGACUGGCCAUGGGCAUCUCGGACGUCUUGCAGCGCUCACACCCGGUGCUGGUGUUGGAGUGGUGGGGAAAUAUCUCCUGGGUGCGUCGGCAGAUGGGGCUGCCGGACUGCCUGGUGUGA